AUGAAGAAGAAGAAGGAAAUGGGCAAGAAGGAAAGCUUUUCACUGCACGAAGCACGAUUCGCCAUUGAACGCUUACAGUUCGACCAAGCUCAUCUUGGACUGGAUCGUGAUUACUACUUGGACCGAGCAAAGUAUGGCGAGAAGAUUGAAGCUUACAAACAGUUCCUCAUAAACCAGAGUACGCCAAUCGUCCAAGUAGCGAUAGAAAGAUUGAAGCAAGAUGUUGACGAGAUCAUCAAAUUCGAAACGAAGAUUGCGAAGAUAAUGGUAGCUAAAGAAGAUAGGAAAAACUACACUAGAAUGUACAACCUUCGUCGUCUCAACGAUAUGGAUAAACUGACACCCAUGGUGAGUAGAGCUUUCUAA